UGAAAGUAAGUUUAUUAAGAAAGUAAAGGAAUAAAAGGAUGGCUACUCCAUAGACAGAACAGCCGAGGGCUGCUGGUUGCCCAUUUUUAUAGUUAUUUUUUGCUUAUAUGCUAAACGAGGGGUGUAUUAUUCAUGCCUCCCCUUUUUAGACCAUGUAGGGUAACUUCCUGAUGUUGCCAUGGCAUUUCUAAACUGUCAUGGCACUGGUGGGAGUGUAACAGUGAUGACCAAAGUCACUCUCUUCGCCAUUUCGGUUUUGGUGGGUUUUGGCUGGCUCCUUUACUGCAACCUGUUUCAUCAGCAAGGUCUUUAUGACCUGUAUCUUGUGCUGACCUCCCAUUUCAUCCUGUGACUUAGAAUGCCUUAACUGUCUGGGAAUGCAGCCCAGUAGGUUUUAGGCUCAUCUUACCCAGCUCCUGUUAAAGAUGAAGAUGCUCUGGUUCACUUGCCUCUGACAAUCCCAGCACUUUGCGAGGCCAAGGCGGGCAGAUCACUUGAGGUCAGGAGUUCGAGACCAGCCUGGCCAAAAUGAUGAAAACCCGUUUCUACUAAAAAUACAAAAACUAGCUGGGCCUGUAAUCCCAGCUGCUCUGGAGGCUGAGGCAGAAUGGCUUGAACCUGGGAGGGGGAGGUCGCAGUGAGCCGAGAUCACACCACUGCACUCCAGCCUGAGCAGCAGAGUGAGACUGUCUCCAAAAAAAAAAAGGGGGGGGGAAUUCCAAACACCUUCUUCCCCCAAGAAGUGAUUGUAUUAGGAAGUUAGGAGAUGGGGCCUUUGGGAGGUAAUCAAGAUUAGAUGGUCAUGAGGGUGGGGCCCUCACCAUGGAGAUUAUAAAUGUCCUUAGCCGGCCUGUCUCACUUGUUCAGAAACCGGAAAAGUCCAUGGUCUGCAGUGUGGAAAAGGGCACCCGGACCUCUCACUUCCAGCCUCUAGUCUGGAGACUUUGUCUAAGGCACCCCGUCUGCAUUACUUAGUCACAGCCACCCUGAACCCACUAGCCUGUACUGCGCUGGAGCAUUUCGCAUAAAAUGAAAUUAAUAUAAAAAUGACACGUGCUCGUUGUGGAAAAAAUACCAAACAGAUCACUUUUAAUUCUGUCAUCUAAAAAUAACCACCAGUUACACUUAUAAAUUUCUUCCAGUAACUUUUUUAUAUGAACAUGUUUUUAAACUUGGGUCAAUAUUAAAAGACCAGAAGUCGUUAAACAUCAUUUUAAAUCCCCUUAUCCAGGAAUUAGCAUUGUUAUUCUUGGCCGCUGCAGAAUCUUAUUUUAUUCUCUCAAGCUUUCCAUGGCUUGGGUCUGCCCUGGUUUUGAACAUUAGGUUAGGCUCCAGAAAGCAUCCUGGGUCUCUGGCCCAUUUGUUUAUUUCUUUGUGGAGACGGGGUCUGGCUCUGUUGCUCAGGCCUGUCUGGAACUCCUGGGCUCAAGCGACACUCCACCUCGGCCUCCCGAGUGGCUGGGACCACUGGCGCCCGCCGCCACCGCGCCGGCUCCGGGCCUCUCUCUACGCGUGGCUCCGCAGGCUGCAUUCUCCACACAGUCGUCUAGGGGGUCGCCAGGAGCCCCGCGACGGGCCAGGCCGGAAGCUCAGCAAGUGCACGAGGCGGCGGAACGGCCGGCUGCGCAGGGCAGCCCGGGACACAGCCACGCCGCGGCCGCCCGGCGCUCCCCCCACCCAGCCUACCACGAAGCCGCCCUCCCCCUCACACCGCAGAACCUUUCUGCCUUGUACUACUUUUCAAAGUGGACCUAGGCUCCUGGCUCGAGCCUGACGGGAUACAAGGGGUCACGAGGAGCGCCAUCACCGUGCAAGGUCGACAGCUUCCGCUCAAAGCCCUGUGGCCCACGCUUCCGGCCUCGGCCGACUACGUCAUCACCAAACCCCGUGAUACCUCACUCCACCUUCAGGUCCUCCGUCCCAACGGUUCCGUGUCCUGGAACUUUCCACGUUCCUGCGCACGCGCUCUGCGGCCCUUAACGUCCCGACUUCGCCCUCCUCUGGCCACGCCCCUGCCCGUUAAGGGCCCUGCCACCCCCGUGACGUACCUAUCUUCCCUCGGGCAACCUCGCAACAGAUCUCUGAUUGGCUGACCCGGGAAGCGGACUUUGCGAGGCGGCGGCGACGAUAGGCUGGCGGCCGGCCGAUUUCCGCAGAAGGUGAUUGGUCGGCGCUGCUGUCCAAUCGGCGGCGGGCUGUCGGAUUCAAAUCCGGAUCGUUGGGACUGCGGUCGUUAGUCUCCGGCGAGUUGUUGCCUUGGCUGGACGUGGUUUUGUCUGCUGCGCCCGCUCUUCGCGCUCUCUCGUUUCGUUUUCUGCAGCGCGCCAGCAGGAUGGCCCACAAGCAGAUCUACUACUCGGACAAGUACUUCGACGAACACUACGAGUACCGGCAUGUUAUGUUACCCAGAGAACUUUCCAAACAAGUACCUAAAACUCAUCUGAUGUCUGAAGAGGAGUGGAGGAGACUUGGGGUCCAGCAGAGUCUAGGCUGGGUUCAUUACAUGAUUCAUGAGCCAGAACCACAUAUUCUUCUCUUUAGACGACCUCUUCCAAAAGAUCAACAAAAAUGAAGUUUAUCUGGGGAUCGUCAAAUCUUUUUCAAAUUUAAUGUAUAUGUGUAUAUAAGGUAGUAUUCAGUGAAUACUUGAGAAAUGUACAAAUCUUUCAUCCAUACCUGUGCAUGAGCUGUAUUCUUCACAGCAACAGAGCUCAGUUAAAUGCAACUGCAAGUAGGUUACUGUAAGAUGUUUAGAUAAAAGUUCUUCCAGUCAGUUUUUCUCUUAAGUGCCUGUUUGAGUUUACUGAAACAGUUUACUUUUGUUCAAUAAAGUUUGUAUGUUGCAUUUA